UAUAUGUCUUCUACUUAUGAUAUUAUUAUUUAUAAGCUACCGGUUCUCUAACGAUUUUUUAACGGUCAAAUACCGGUUGGACCACUAAAGUGCGAGCCGUUCAUGUUACCGGAUCAUACUCCGGCUCGGUUCUGACAACAUUGCUAAUCGUCCAUGUUUGACACAUCAACGACAUGUCAAUUAAAAGUAUAUUUUUUAUAUUUAAAUAGAUCAUCGCCAUGAGCUUUUAGUUCCCUCAACGACAUUUUCUGAAUAACAGUAUCAUACCAAAAUAUUUAGAGAUCAGAAUUGAGAUACCAAAUCUGUUUGAGAUAAAAAUUAAAAUUGAUUUUAAACUACUAUUUGAUAUUACAAUAUUUGACUCUGGGAUCCACCUUUACUCAGGAGGGUAGUAUGAACAACAAAGAAAGAAACCAUCAGUCAGUGAUAUCAUAAUGAGGGAUAACAUAAUCUACCUAAUUGCCCCCAACCAUCUAGCCAAACUAGACAAGGACCCCACCACGUUAACCUGUUUAUCUGGCAUGACUAUCUAGACUCGUGAGCCGGAAGGCUCAAAGACCCACAUAUCAAUGAAGGUCCAAUAGGCUCAACGACCUAGUUCAACCCACCAAAGAAAGACUUCUUGUAAAAUAAAAAUAAAGUACAUGAGGGGGAGAGAAAAUGGAGAGAGAAAAUGAAAGCGAUUGCGAGAACUUGGGUUACGUUUUUCGGUCGAUGGGCAGUUCCAUCACUUGCCAGUAGUUGCUGAUUCAAUGGCGCAUGUUUAUUGCUAUCCGCGAUUGUUUCACGGUCGAUGGAUUAGUGGGCAGUCGUGGGUAUCCCCCAUGUGUGUAAUUUAGUUUCUUUUAUCAACCCCCAACUGAUAGAUUUAAAGGGGCAGUUUUCAGAGUCUUCAGUUCUACUGCAUUUCCGCCCACCCUACAUGUAUCAGAUUUUUCAUUUAUUCUAUUGGUUCUGCUUUGUUCCUAGUGCUGCUCUGGUUCCACACCUGGUUAGUGGGGCGACCGAUUCAACGGUUGGUGGCAAGCAUGGACCCGAUGGACAUCGAUCAGAUUGUAGCAUUUAAUGAUGAGGAUGUCGGGAUUGAUCCGGCUCAAGUCCAAAUCAGUAUGGUUGGUAGGUUGUUCUCACCACGACCUUUGACCCGAGCGACUAUGGAGAGAGUGGCGAACGGAAUGUGGGGCACAUCGGCACAGUCGAUUACUAUCCACGAAGCAGAUAGGGGUCUCUAGAGAUUCAUUUUGGUUGAUGCUCCACUGUGUGAGUGAAACGUUCGUCGCUCCCCAUGGACGACUAAGGAUUUUGUUCUACAUCUUCAACACUGGCAGCCCAUCUCUGAAUCCUUGGUACGAUCACUGGCUAGUGCUCCUUUCAUUGUUCACAUGUCCAAAAUCCCUCCUCAAUUGUGCACUAUGAAUUUGGGAUGUCGUUUUGACAACCACAUGGAUGGGGUGUGGAUUUUCGUGAGAUUAGGUUGUAUGUUGACCGCCCAGGUCAGAGUGAGGUUUCAAUUAAGGCUAAAGUAAUGAUUGAUGCGGAAGCACCGUUAUGAUAUUGCUUAUCCCGCCAGAAUGAGAACCGUGAUGGUUUCUGGGCAAAGUGGAUUACGAGUACCUUGCACUCUUUUUCUUUCACAACGACCGUCUAGGUCAUGGUGAGUCACACUACUAGUUCCCUCCUCCUCCGACAAAGUUAGAAGUGUAUGACGCUUCAAUGUAGGUGCUUCGCCUCCAUGGAUUUUUACUAGAUGAACACACCCUCUUACAAGCGGGCUGUGUGGAUGUUCCAACUCGUGGUAGAGGUCACGGUGGUUUGAUAACACCAAAAUCGCUGUUAUUUUCCCUCCAUCUUAGGGUAUGUUUUGUGCCAAUUCAUGUGCGUAAGCGUUUAAACAUUGUCAAAUACAUCCCUCGUUCGUUUCUAUUUGAUUUUGAUGUGAUUAUAGGGUGUAUUAGUCAAUAUGUGCAAAUUAGAUACAAAACAAGGUCACAAGUGUAUAAAAGGGGCAAGGAUUAAAGAUCGUGGCCUAAAAGCCAAAGAUCAAGGCCGGGAUUUCCAGUCGUGAAGACUCGCUAAAGUCGCGGCCCAGAAGUCAAAGAUUGAGACCGCGAUCUUGAAGGCCCAGGGCGUGAACUUCGCGAAGAAGGUGCCUUGGAGAAGCAGAGAGUUUCCCCAGUCGUGACACGACCUACGUUCAACUUGCCCGCGAGAAAGUCACUGUCACGACUCAAGGAUCGCGAGCGCGAAGUCAGCUCGCGAUCUUCCCCCUUUAGAAGGCCAUGACGAUGUCGUCUUGAGAUGGCGGCCUAUCAUCGGAAGAUCCCACCUGCGAUCUCCCAGCAGGUCGCGAACUUCCCUGAGUCCAAAAUGCCUAUAAAUAGAAGACCCCUUUUCCUAUUUUAAGAGAGCUGAUUUUGGAUGAAAUUUCUGGAUGAAGGAGAAGAAGGAGGAUCUCCCCAGUUUCAAGUCUUCUUCUAUUUCUACCAUGUAUCUUCUUCCCUCCUUUAUGGAGUAGUCCUCUAAGGUACUAGGGGUUCUAAACUCCAAACCCUAGUUUAGGUUUUAUUAUGUAUGUAUGGAUAUUUUAUGGUUUGAAUGAAUGAAUGUGUUUGUCUAGUAGAUUCUUAAUGUCACUCUUUCCUAAAUAAUGACGCUCGGGCAAGUGGCCCCAAUCUUCCCUCUUAGCCUGCUUUAUGCUAUCGCACUAGGUACGGAGUUCUAGGGUUAGACGGGUAUGCGCCAUUUGGCAAGUUUAGGUUAGAUGAGUGAAUGGGGGCCUAUAGUGGUCGAGGUGACCGAACCCUUGCUUGAGGUAGCCUUCCUAGAUGAAACCCGGGAUGAAACCUCGAUGUGGACGGUGGAUAGUGUCCAUUGAAAUGAGCCAUAAGCUUACUGCCCCAGAUACGAUUUCCUAGAUCGAGGUGACUGGAACAUGGGUUUAGGGGAGGCAUACUCGGACGCGUGUUGAUAACGACGAAGGCCCAAGGAAAAAAGCUCACUCACCACAUUCGAUAACCCUAAGUAUCUAUACAUGUAUAGUAUCCCUAAGCUAGGGGGAUUAGUUCCCUGAACUACCUGCUUUUAGCUUUGAUCAACCUCUAUACUAGUGUUUCCUCAUAUCCUCCACUCAAAACCUCAAAAACCGGUUACCUAGUUAACAAAAAGAUGGGAAGUAG